AUGUUUAGAAACAAGUGGACUGUCGACGGUAGUGGAUGUACGUUGUUGUAUGAGAAAGUUUUCUUCGUUAAGUGAGUUCAGUGAUACCGAGGAGUUCGGUGCUAACACAUGGUUCGGCAAUCCGGCCACGGGAUGGAGCCCACAUUUUAUGACGAACAGUAUCCCCUGAGUGGCCCUGUGGAUAAUUUAAAGCGAUCGUUGACAUUGGAUUUGGAUUUCGGGAGAGGCGGGAAGAGGGCUCGCGGAGGUGCACCCGUACUCUCCUCACCCGACCUGCAGCUGCUCAAGCUGGGGUCGCCAGAGUUAGAAAAGCUUAUAAUGCAGAACGGUAUGAUCACAACGGCUACACCAACACCGGGCGGACAGGUGAUGUUCCCCCCCGCGAUGCCUACGGAAGAGCAAGAGAUGUACGCGAGACCAUUCGUCGAGGCGCUGGACAAGCUGCACCACAGCGAACCGGCGCCGCUCGGAAGGAGAGUGUAUGCCGACCUCGACCGGCCGCUCGACCGGUAUCCUACUCCUGUCGUGAAAGACGAGCCACAAACCGUCCCAAGCGCCUCCAGCUCGCCUCCCCUGUCGCCUAUCGACAUGGAUACACAAGAAAGGAUAAAACUAGAACGAAAACGACAGAGGAAUCGAGUAGCGGCUUCCAAAUGCCGGCGACGUAAAUUGGAACGCAUUUCAAAGUUGGAGGAGAAAGUGAAGUUGCUUAAGGGCGAGAACGCGGACCUGGCGCAAAUGGUAGUAAAGCUAAAAGACCACGUCUCGCGGCUGAAGCAGCAGGUGCUGGAGCAUGCGAACGGUGGCUGCCACAUCGACACGCACUUCUGAUCGCGCUGCCGCUACCGCCGCUCCCCCACAUUCCAUGCUAGUCGCGCCCGCUCGGACGCAGCAUACAAAGCGAUUUGUGAUCUUAAUUUUACCGUGUAAUAUAUAGUUAUCUUUAGUGUGUAAGGUGAAGCUAUAAUGAGGAUGCUGUGUUAAGUUUGUUGAGAUGUCGCAAGUGAUAGCAGAACUUCGGGUCGAGUGAAAUGUUCAGUUUACCCUUUGGGAAGAAUGUACUUAGAGCGAGUCCCAAGAUUAGCUAACAUUGUAAGUCGCAGUUAUGAUUUUCCUUGUAUCAGUAUUGCGUUCUCAUUUAGAAUAGUGUAGAAACUAGAAAGGAUAAUCGUGCAACGUCAUUCGACUGCAGACUGACCGAGGCUGAAGCGACGUUGCCAGCUUUACGAUAAAUUUCCCGUUCCAGCGAUGUUGCCGUACUCGACUUGCAAUAUUUGGUUUUGCGUUGUUCAUUCGUAUAUAUGAGUGGUUAAAAAGAAUUACAAAAUAAUUUAUGUAAUUGCGUACGAGCGAUAUGCAUAAUUUUAUAAAUGGAGGAAAGUUACAGUUGGAUAUUGAUAGGGCCUAAAUAUAAUUAGUGGUUUUAGUGCGAAAGGGAUGUAAUUAUUAGUUGAACUGGCAACGUCGCAUCACAAGUCACGACUCAAGAGCGGAUGUUCUGUUAAUUAAAAUUCCGCCUGCGCCGCCCUCGCGGAAUGGCGGCCAUGUGUUCGGCAAUCGGACGUUCCGAAUCACGUUUUGUUGCACAAGGUUAACUUUUUUCAUUAUUAUAAAGGCGCCUCGAUGCCUGACGGAUUUGUUAUGCUCGAUGAUUACACAUAGCUUGUGUGAAAGACUGAUAGCGUGCGAGACAGUGUGCCUUGUUCUAGUUGUAGCGAAUGCGAGAGGUAUGUUUCUCAGUUUUGUAAACGUCUCGGAACUGACCCGGUGCUCUUUAAAGGUCUUGUAACGUGAGGCCGUCCGAUUAAAAAUUGUGAUGGAAGAAUGGUAACGUAUUUUGUAAGCGGAAAAUGUUUACCGCGAGCUUGAAUGUGCGAUGUAUUUAUUAGUGAGAAUGUUUAAUUAUUAGGUUCAAGUAGCAAUCUCGAGUGCCUACGCUUUGUAAACUGAAGCCUUUACUUAUGUUUUUAUUGUUUUUGUUACCAUUAAAUGUGCUACAGUGAAAAGUUCUGUACCAUUCUUAUAGGUUAUUUGUAAGUAAUAUUAUAUCAAUUAACAAGUUGAAUUGUUAUAGACUAUAUGGGGAACUUGCCGUUGGGUUUGUAUAAAAUAUAGAUAGAGAGCAAAAGUAUGUACCUAUGAGGGCUGGUAAAACGGCAAGGGAACCUUUUUGUAUUAUUUUUAUACAAAAUGAUUCUUCAGAAUGUUAACAAAUAAUAUGUAAGUUUAUAAAGAUAAAAACAGUUUAUACUAAAAUAAUAUAUUUUUAUGAAUUUAACAAAGAAAUAUUGUUUUAUACUGAGUACGUAUUGUAUGAUAAAACCGAAUGAAGAGAAAAUAAAUUAUGAAUAUUAUUAUACCAUUAAA